AUGAACUACGACACGAUAAUCGUAGGAGCCGGCUCCGCAGGAUGCGUUCUCGCGUCUCGCCUCAGCGAGGACCAAAAAGGGUCUGUCCUCCUGUUGGAAGCGGGUCCCGACUACCCAGACUUCGACACACUGCCUAACCACAUCAAGUAUGGCGUUCAUCCCUGGUACGAGUCGCUCGACCCUCUUGCCUACACCUGGGGAUACGAGGCCAGCGCCGUCCCCGGAAGAGAGCCGUUCAGGCUUCCCCGAGGCAAAGUCACUGGUGGCUCCAGCGCGAUCAACGGCCAGGUAUGGUUUCGAGGAAUUCCAGAGGACUUCGACGAGUGGGCUAACGCAGGCAACGACGGCUGGAGCUACAUCGAUGUACUGCCCUACUUCCGCAAGUCCGAGACCGACCUCGACUUCUCCGGAGACGACUUCCACGGCUCAGACGGCCCAAUCCCCGUCCGCCGCUACAAGGAGGACGAGCUGCUCGCAAGUCCCAGGGCAUUCCUGGACGCGUGCGUAGCGGCCGGACUUCCCCAUACGCAUGAUGUGAACCAUCCGGAGUCCACCGGGGUCGGCUACUUCGCGUUCAACCGGAUAGACGAAGUCCGAAUGAGUACGGCGCUGACCUACCUCGACAUGGCUCGCAGUCGGCUCAAUCUUACGGUCCGCUCCGAUGUCCUGGUAAACCGAGUGACGUUCGACGGCCAACGCGCAGUUGGCGUAGAAGCCGAGUCGGGUGGAGAGGUCUUUAAGGUCACCGCUAACAACAUCAUUCUCAGCGGUGGCGCGAUAAACUCUCCCCAGCUUCUCAUGCUCUCUGGCGUUGGCCCCCCCAACCACCUCGCACAGCACGGGAUACCAGUAGUAGCUGACCUCCCCGGCGUCGGACAGAACCUUCGCGACCAUCCUGCUAUCUUUAUGCACUACGAGAGUCCAACUGAACCUCCUCCCCGACCGCCGGGGCUCCAGAUCGGAAUGAGGUAUACCACCCCAGGGUCACCAUAUCGCAACGACAUGCAGAUGCGCCCCCUGCAGAUUCGAACCGAGCACAUCCCGCCGGACUUCGAUCUUACGCCGGGCCACACUCCAACCGGCUUCAGCAUAGCCAUGCAGAAGGCCCUGUCUGUCGGCGAACUGAGGUUGGCUAGCGGGAGUCCAACCGACCAGCCGGUCCUUGAAUAUCGCUAUCUCAGAGACCCGUUUGACCGCGAGAGGAUGCGAGGCGCCGUCAGGCUGUGCGCCGAAAUCUCAGCCAUGCCCGAGUACGCCCCCGCACAGAUGUCGCGGCUCUCGCCAUCCGACGAGGUACUAACCUCAGACGAAGCCCUCGACGCCCUGGCUCUUGGAAAACGUGACGACUCAGCAUCACUCCUCUGGCACCUGCAAGAUGGGACCGUCGGCCGACCCAAUGUCUGUUGUGGACCGAAGCUGCCGCGUGCGCGGUGUAGACAACCUGAUGGUGGUUGA